AUGGAUUUAGUCGGAUCUUUGUUGACAUUCGUUAUGUUUUGGAAAUUGUCUUCGAGUCUACAAUGCUACACUUGUGAUCCAAAAUGCCCUGUGGACUUCAACGAGAGCGUACGUGACAAAUACCUUAAGAACUGUGAACACUCCACUAUGUGCUACAAGAGAGUGAGCACGUUAGACUUCGGCAACGGACUAACAUCACAAUAUACAGAAAGGGGAUGUGCUGCUCAAACGCAAGACGGUGAACAAAUCAAAGUAAAUAGGAAAUGGAUACAAGUACAAAAUAUAUACGAAGUAUAUGAAGAGGGCUGUGCCGUGGAUCAAAGUUAUCCUGAACGUAGAACGCACACCUUAGCCUGUUAUUGCAGAGGCGACGGGUGCUUUUGGAAAAUGGUAUCUGGAUAA